AUGGAGAACUCAUCCUUCACCUACAACUAUGAGGAUUUUGAGUACUACAGAGAUAUUCUGGAUAUGCCCGUGGACUGCCCGAAUGGCUUGUGCUUUGCCACCGACCCACUCCGCACAGCGCCACUGCUGCUGUAUGCGGUGGUCUUCCUCGUGGGAGUGCCAGGCAACGCCAUGGUGGCCUGGGUGACCGGGAGGGAGGCCUGUCAACGUAUUGUGGCCACCUGGUUCCUUCACCUGGCCGGGGCCGAUCUGCUCUGUUGUUUGUCUCUUCCCAUCCUGGCAGUGCCCAUUGCUCAAGAAGGUCGUUGGCCAUAUGGAGCAGUGGGCUGUCGGGUCUUGCCCUGUGUCAUCUUAAUGUCCAUGUAUGCCAGCGUCCUGCUCCUGGCCGCCCUCAGUGCUGACCUCUGCCUGCUGGCCCUUAGGCCUGCUUGGGGGAUGGCCACUUGGCGGACACACAUGGUGCGGGCAGCUUGUGUGGCAGCCUGGGCCCUGGCCUUGCUGUUGACUGUACCGUCCUCUCUCUACCGCCGGCUGUACCAGGAACACUUCCCACCCCGGCUGGAGUGUGUGGUCAACUAUGGUGGCUCAGCUGCAGUUGAGGGUAUGGUGACUGCUGUCCGAUUUAUUUUCGGCUUCUUGGGGCCUCUGCUGGUUGUGGCCAGCUGCCAUGGUGUCCUCCUGUGCCGUGUGGCCCGAUGCCGUUGGCCACUGGGCACAGCCAUCAUAGUGGGUUUUUUUAUCUGCUGGACCCCUUACCAAGUGCUGGGGCUAGUACUCACUGUUGCUGCCCCCAAUUCUGUUCUCCUGGCCAGAGCCCUCAGGGGUGAGCCCCUGGUUGUGGGCCUUGCCCUGGCUCACAGUUGCCUCAAUCCCGUGCUCUUUCUAUAUUUCGGGCGGGGGCAACUGCACAGGUCACUGCCAGCUGCAUGUCGUUGGGCCCUUCGAGAGUCCCAGGACAAGAAUGAAGGUGUGGUCAGCAAGAAAUCCACCAGCCAGGACCCAGUCUCAGAGAUAGAAGUGUAG